UUGUCAUCGGCCGUGUGACAGCCUCAACAUGACUAACCAGUGUGUACCUUCAAUGUGCAAGAAAGGGGAAAGGACAGCCACCAUUGCACACAGCACAAGCCCAAAAGACUCAUACUCGUAUGGUUGGGGUAUACCCACCGAUGGCUAUUGUCCGGGAUAUUUGAGACCCCCUGAUCGAGCUUCAGAGGCCAGAUUUGGCCAUCUGAGGGGAGACUCAGGGGUAAUAGGGACGAUCCGGGUUGAGAUAUACACAGUGGCAGUAGGUAUGGCAAGAGGCAGGUAGCGAGAGAGAGCAGGCGAGCAAGACAGCGGUUACUCUAAGGGUGAAUACUGCGUACUGGAUGCUUUCCUUGGUGAGUACACGCACGCUACGGUUACGGUUCCUUGGGAUAUGACGAUGCUCAUUGCGGAGCACCGACACCGAAGCUUCGUGGAAGCUUGAGGCCAAGCACACCAACCUCGCCUAGAUGCGCUGAUUGGCCCACGAGCCGACCCACGCGCUAAGCGGAAGUAGGCUGGACGGAAGAACCUCUUCACAAAAUACUUCCACUUCCAUUCGUAAAAAAGAUAUCGAUAUCACGAAGCACCACCUGCAAUACCACCUUCGAUCCCACCCAAACCUGCGCCUGCGCACUACCUGCACACCACUCCACCAAAAACCACCGACUAUUCGGAGCUCAAUUAGAUCUCCCACAAUUCUCCCCGCACCGCACCUCGUAACUAAAGACCGAGGCCUCUUCGCGUCGUCCACCAUACUCACGACGCGCCGACUCUCGAUUGCACCUGUCUGCUCAUCAUCUAUUGCUGAUCUCCAGACGCUUACCUAUCAACAAUGCCUUCCCAUAUGCCAUCAAGCUUUGCCUCUGCAGCCGCAGGCCAAGCUUCUAGUCGCGAUUCUCGAAGCGGGAGGGGCGAUGGACGAGGAGGAAGCGGGGACUGGUACGUUGACGUUUGCCUCUCGAGCUCCUAACCUGCUCUACCACCCACACCUGCCCACAGUUGCUACCCGCCGUCAUUCACUUCUAUUCGUUAUCUCGCUGAAAAAAAUAUUUAAUUUUAUCCCCCGGGCAUUUUGUGAAGCAACAGGGGUCGUCAAGGCAUCAUGUUGUCAAAAUCGAAACUGCUCAAGAAUUCAUCAGUCAAUCGCCAUUUCUCCUUCUCACGCUAACCUGCGCUCACUUUCUAGGGCACGAAGAGAUUCUCGAGCUACAAACGGCACUCUCACACUCCGACGUCCCUCAACCACCCCGUUUGCGCCAGCGUCGUCUCAAGGAGAAGCCCCUCUGGCUACACCAACCGCUGACAUGCAACCUUCUCAAUAUGAGCACUCAACAGAUACCCGCUAUUCCAAGAACCAACUUCUGGAUAUUUACAGAGCGCAAGAGGAAUCAGGCGGGUUACAGAGCGAUGUUUCACGCCUUUUUGUAAAUAAUUGGAAUCCUGAACAAUCUAAUGGAACAAAUGGACGCACUGGUUGGGGCAAGAGUGGUGAUGGUAGAGAUUCCUAUGGCCCUGAAGCUUGCUGGGAUACAAAUGGCCUCAUUCGUCCCGUAGGUUUAGAGGAGAUGUCAGAACAGGAGAAAGUCGUAGGUGAACCCCAUUUAUUAGAUAGACCUCUGCUAAACCCACAAAAGCUUUUUUCUGGCGAUGUCAAUUCACCUUUGAAGCCACCACCCCAAAACUUAAACAAGGAUGCGACUGGUCAAGCUUCUAAUGGACGAAAGGUUUCUGUCUCACACGGACAAGGUCCAGGUGCAUAUGGCCUUUCCUCGCCAGUAUCUAGCAGACCAAGCACCCGUCGUCAACAAACUAGUGAAGGAAUUGGUGGGCUCCCUUCACCAGCUGGAACAGGUCGAUUUUCUAGGGAAGACUCUCCUUUCUUUCAGAGACCCAAAUUCAAUCCAGACAAGGAUGCGAAUGAGGACCGACCAGAAGAUUUAAAGCCCAGCUUGCCAUUUGGUAGUUUGCAGCGUGCCAACACUGGAAAUGCCCUUGGUAAUGGGCCUGCGUCACCCUGGGGUCCUCCAUCUGCUAGCGCGACUAUGUCACCCAUGGGCAACUUUGGGAGUUUUGCAUUGGGUGGUGGAGGGGUCGCCAAUCCUCCAACUCCAAGCGAGAAGAGACCUGCAUUUGGGAAUAGAGGGGAAAGCCGUCUUGCUCAUCUAAUGCCAAAGGAAAGUUCGGAGGACUUGAUGUCCAAGACUGAGCAACCAUCCUGGAGACCCACUGGAAGACAACGUACAGAUACUGAUCCAUUUGGAGAUGAACCACCAGCCGGAAGUGCUGCGCUCGGGGGCCAAGACGCCAGCCCACCAAGUCGACGACCUGCGGGAAUAGACACUCCUGUUCGAGGCGAUUCUGGUGACUUUGGAAUGUCUGGCAUGCAAGGCUUUCGCGAUGUCCAACGUGCCCAUCAAACCCCACAAGGUCGCAGAGAUGAACAUGACUCACUUAGCCCGUCCGAGACAAAUCCGUAUCGAAGCCCACUCGAGGAUAGGCAGGAUCCGGGCGAGGGGAAUUACGAACAGGACUCUCAUCAGCAAGGUAGAAUGCAUGGAUUGGGAGGAAUUCCUGAGCAUGGACUCAACGCAUUUGGUGGCCUCCCUCGUGGGUUUCCAAAUACUGCGUUCGACGGCAGCGAUCGUAGUCAAACUUCCAGUGUAGCUGGUUCUAAGGGAUUUCCUCCAAUUGCAGGAAUGGGUUCUUUGGGCGGAUUGGGUGGCAUGGGUGGUUGGCCAACAAGUGCAAACCCCAUUGGAACUCCAGACCGCGAGAAUCGGCCAGGCUUUCCCGGGCCUUUUGGUAGUUCUCUCUUUGGGGGAAUGGGUGAUGUGCCAUCACCUGGCAUUGGCGGGCUUGGGAAUAUGUUUGGCUCAGGAAAUAUUUCAGCAAGUAGCACUACCGGCCGCGGCAGCAAACUCGGAUCUUUGUUUCCUGCAGCAAUGCAAGCUCAGAUGCAAUCCAAUGAGAAUGACAACUCCAAUGAAGGGGAAGGACGACAAAAUACUGCCUUUGGUGCCAUUGGUCGCAACGCUUUCCCACCUUCUCGCGAUACUGAUAGUCCUUUGCGAUCUGGGCGUCAUCCUUUUGAAGACAUGUUCCCUUCGUCGGAUCUCUCUAGAAGUCAGGGUAUAUUUUCAACCUCAGAGAUCAUGCAAGGUCAGAACGUCACAGCUUUCGCUCAGACUCCGUCGGCUCAGUCAGGUUAUCAACAAUCGCAAGCUUCCUCUGACUCUGCGUCAAACCAACUUCCCACUGCACAGCAACGCAUGAUGGUUAUGCCAGAUAGAAUGCGAUGGGUAUACCUCGAUCCUCAAGGUCAAGUCCAGGGUCCUUGGUCGGGUCUUGAAAUGCAUGACUGGUACAAGGCAUCUUUCUUUACGGCAGAUCUUUCUGUCAAGAAAGUUGAGGACCCAGAAUUCGAGCCACUCGGCCAGCUGAUUCGUAGAAUUGGUAACUCUCGCGAACCUUUCCUCGUCCCCCAAAUUGGUAUUCCUCACGGCACACCUAGCACUCAGGCUGGUACUUUUGCCACUCCAGCGGCAACUGCCCCGGGGAACAAUGUACCACAAGCUGGAUCUGUUCAACCUCCAUUUGCUGGUGCGUUUCCAAGCUUUGGAACCACCUUGACCGCCGAACAGCAAAACAACCUUGAGCGUCGCAAGCAAGAGGAGCAGUAUCUCAUGGCUCGUCAAAGAGAGUUCUUGGCUCAACAACAGGUCAACAUGAAGCAAAUGCAGAUGGGCGGACUUCCAUCUGCUUUGCACCAUCACUCCAGCGCACACAGCCUUCAGAGUCAGCCAAGUUUUGGAAGUAUUACUUCUCCUAUUGGAAUGCCUCCACAGCCCCCUCUUCCUGGUGUCGCGGGUUUUUUUGAUCAAGGUCGUCAAGUCCAAGGACAAACUGGAGCUCCGGUCGAUUAUUUUCAAGAGGCAGACCUUUCUCGACUUAGUCUCGAAGGCCGUCAACUCUUCAACGCUGUAGCCUCAGGGCCUCAGACCUCAACUCAUGCACAACAGAUUGCUGCUAUAUUUGGUCAGCCACCAGUCGAAUCCCAACGUGAUACUAGCAAGGAACAAUCACGUCAAAAUGACCCCCAAGGAUUUAAGGCUCGAUUACGUGAAUUUGAGCAAUUGAGAGAGGAACAUGACGCAGAGGAGGCCGCUCAAGCUGCUGCUGCCUCGAAUGAACCCAUUGCUCCUCCACAGCAGUCUACGUAUCAAGAAGUCCUCCCUGUGGAGGAGGAAGAGGCAGCACCUGAGCCGGCCGAACCUGAAUUGCUUUCCUUGACUCAACACAUCCAGAAAGCAGCAUCUGCAAAACACUCACCCACUGCCAUCCAACCUGAAUCACCAUGGGCCAAGGUCAACACAAGUCUCCCAAUGCCAUUUCCACCACCACCUCAGUCUACCACUCCACUUCCCGCACCAAUGGCUCAACGUGGUCGAUCUGCCCUCCCCGAGGGGUUGAACAUCGAGUCCAGAUCUCGAUCCGAAACACCAGAGAUUACAAGCGCGGCACCCUCUCUUGCCCCUUGGGCUAAGGAGCCUGUUGAAGCCCAAAAACAGCCUUCGUUGAAGGAAAUCCAAGAGAUGGAGGCAAAGAAGGCUGCCAAGGCUGAGGAAGCUGCUGCCGCCGCUCGUCGGGUUCUUCUUGAUCAAGAAAUGAAACUUCUUACUGCACAACCAGCCGCUCCAGCUCCAGGACUUCCAACAUCGUCAACUUGGGGUGCUUCGCCUGUCACUAGUAGCACUCCAUCUGCCUGGGCAAAGCCAUCUGUGAAGGCUCAAGCUCCUGCCAACUCCACGGCUUCAAAGAAGACUCUGGCUGAUAUUCAACGUGAGGAAGAGAAGCGCAAGAACAAGUUGGCUGCCGCCGCUGCCGCUGCACAGCCUGUUGCUGUUGCUGCUGGCGGAAAACGCUAUGCUGAUCUUGCUAGCAAGGCCACGCCAGCUAUGCCUCAAUCAGGUUCUGCUUGGUCCACAGUCGGUGCUAGUGGAAAAGUCAAGGUUCCUACUGGUCCAGCUGUUAGCACUCCAUCUGUCCCAACUCGCGCUGUUAGCAGCAGCACUACUGCCACCACAUCUACUUCUCGUGUCGUACGUCCAGCUACCAACACUCGUAGCGUCACAGCAAGCGCUACAACCGGUACUACUUCAGCUAAUGAAGAGUUCACCAAGUGGGCUAAAGGCUCUCUUGUCAAGGGACUGAACUCUGGUAUUGAUGGUAAUUAUAAACUUUAUUCUUCAAGUUUGAUACAUGCUGACAUUUCGAUAGUUGAUAGUUUCGUUAGCAUGCUUUUGGAUUGCCCAGCAGAGCCUUCCAUCAUUGCUGAUGCGGUAUAUGGUAGUUCUCAACUCAUGGAUGGUAGGCGAUUUGCAGAGGAGUUCCUCCGACGUCGUAAGCUUGCUGAGAAGGGGGUUAUUGAGCCUAGCAACACUGGGUCCGGGACCAGCUUCUCUACUGCGGGUGCACAGUCCAGUGGUGGAUGGAGUGAGGUUGCGAAGAAGGGGCCGCCAAAGGUUGAGGAGCCGACUGCUGGGUUCAAGGUCGUUCCUAACAAGAAGAAAGGCAAAAAGUAG